AUGCGCACCAGCCCACCAAACACGCGCCACCACGCCUACCGCGGCGGCCAGGGCCAGUUUCAGCAGCCGCAGCGUCGUGGCGCCAACCUCAGCCCACCAAGUGGCAAUCGGAGCCCUAAUUCGGGUGGGCCAUCUUCGUACCAUGACCGUCUCUUCACAAUACGCCUUGUAUGCCCUUGCACCAACAGUGUCGUCUGCACGCGCCUCAGCCGCGUCCUCCCGACAGCUGCGAGAGGCCAGAAUGGAGCGGCCGUGUGUGAGGAUUUCAUGCACACACAGUCCUGCCGACUUGGUGAGCUGUGUCCCAAGGUGCAUGUGGCACAGGAGCACACGUGGAACUACAUUACUCAUGAUAUCAACAGGAACACGGGUCUCUACGAGCCUGGAUUCAUCUUGCAAUGCUACGAUCCGUGCAUGACCCACUACUACUCGAUUCCCAGCGAGUUUAUCUUCCCCACUCGUGGGAGCAAUGAGUAUGUGAAGAUGCACAACGAACACGGAGACAAUUUUAAGGCAAAGUUUAAACUCUGCGAUGCAAUGACAAAUAAAGGGAAGUGCGAGUUGGGUGCCACCUGCGAGGAUAUACACACUGCUUUUCAGGACCUUUCUGAAGUGGAGGGUAACGCCACACACAUUGCGGAGCCUGCGAUGCUAAUGCGAUAUCCCCGUCUCCGCACGGAUGUCAUCGUUCGUGUGUUUGAGCAAAACAGCAACGAGGCGUGGGUAGAUUAUCCUGGUGAUCAGGUUCUCGUGACGUUGGGAUCGCGCCAGUACAUGGCCGCAUUUGAUGCUGAGGGGACCAUUCCCAAAAAGAAGAUGCAACAUUGUGCACAUUUUCGCACCAAGAACCUCUGCCGUAUGGGUGAAAACUGUCGUUUUCUUCACGUUGUGACCGAUAUAAAUGGUCUGCUUGGUAAUUCGGUGACAAGCGGCGUGAGCCCGUACAGCACCUCCCGCGGCGAUUCACCCACCUCGGACAUCAACGUCAACGUGCGCAGUCGUCACGGUGUUCAGUGGCCGAGUGGCAGCCAAGUGGCCGCUUGGGUGGCGCAGAAGUACAGCGAGGGAGGGGCCGCCGACGUCACACCGCUGAACCUUGUCCAAGGUGGCACUGGAGACCCCACGUUCAGCAGCAGCACCACCAUCGACAACAAUACUAACAGCAGCGCCGGUUUCUUGGGGCGAAAGGAGAUGUACGCCGUCAACGAUGGAGUCUCGUCAGUUGGGCAGGCGCGUAUGGGGUUUAAUAGUAACAACCCCAACACUCUCCAAUCCCCACCGGACGCGAGCGCCAAGACGCGUAUGAUCAGCCCUACGCGGCGCAACAACCCGUACGCCAUGCACCCGGUUGAUGAGGAAGCUGUGCCACAACAGCAGCAACAGCAACAGCAACAGCAGCGCGGUGAGUGA